AUGGAGACCGGUAGUGAGACAGCCGAGAUCGUCCGUGCCUUUGAAAAAACGGCCGCCUUCCUGCGCAAGUUCCUGUGGCCCUUCCCGCUUGGCGGCGGGUAUGCUUAUCUGAGGUAUCUGUCUUCCAAGGGCGACUUCGAAGCCAUGCAGGGCCUCCUGCAGCUCGGCGUACCUGCCGGUGGCCGCGAUAGCCUCGACGAGGUCGAGCAGCCACCCAUCUUGUACGCCGCGCGGGACGGGCACCGAGAAGCCGUCAAGCUCCUCGUGCAGUUCGAGGCCGACGUCAACGAAGUUGGCGGCAUCCCCUUUGAAACCGCCUUGCAUGUUGCGGUGCAGAGCCACAAGUUGAAGGUGGUCCAAAUGCUGCUGUCCCUUCGUGCAGACCCUCAGAUGAAGGAUGCUGGAGGGCAAGGACCCCUACACCGAGCAGCGCGCGAGGGCGCGAUUGCCUCGCUGCAGACGCUCAUUACUGCCGCUGCGGAGGUGGACAUGAGGGACACCUGCGAGCAAGCGCCCAUCCAUGUCGCGACCUACUUCGGCAGGGAAGAGGUCGUGAGGGCACUUUUGGCGGCAAGAGCAGAUGCUGUGGCUGAGAACAUCCGUGGACAAACGCCACGGAAGGUGGCCGAGCGCCUCGGCUACACCACCAUCUGCCAGAUCAUCGAUAAGGAAAUCGAGCUCCCGGAAAAUUAA